GUUCCCAGCAGGCCUUGAGCGCGGGAAGAUGGCGGCGUCCAGGUGGAGGUCUUGAGGAGAUCGGAUCGGUAUGGCGUUGGCGUCGCGGUCAGCAAGGCUGGCGCUUGCUCGCCCCGGGCGGCUCGGUCUUGGGAGCUGCGGGGCCCCAAGACGCGGGGCGUACGAGUGGGGCGUGCGCUCUAUGCGGAAGCCCGAGCCUCCUCCCCCGGACAGGGUGUACGAGAUUCCUGGACUGGAGCCCAUCACCUACGCGGGGAAGAUGCACUUUAUGCCCGGUCUGGCGCGGCCAGUCUUCCCGCCCUGGGACCCUGGCUGGACGCCCCCGAAGUUCCGCCGCUUGCCCCCGCUUCACGAGCACCCGCUGUACAAAGACCAGGCCUGUUACGUCUUCCACCAGCGUUGCCGCCUCCUCGAGGGUGUAAAGCAGGCUCUCUGGCUUACCAAGACCAAGUUAAUUGAAGGCCUUCCUGAGAAAGUGCUUAGCCUUGCUGACGAUCCAAGGAACCACAUAGAGAACCAAGAUGAAUGUGUUUUGAAUGUGAUCUUUCACGCUCGUCUCUGGCACUCUACUGAAGACAUCCCCAAGAGAGAGACCUACUGCCCAGUCAUUGUGGACAGUCUGAUACAGCUGUGUAAAUCCCAGAUUCUCAAGCAUCCUUCUCUGGCCAGACGGAUCUGUGCCCAAAACAAAACGUUAUCCACCACCUGGAAUCGAGGUUGGUCUUCCUGUAUAGCAGAAAGCCUUUGUCUGUUCAUUGUCUUUCUGCUCUUAGCCCCAUCACCAGCUUAUAUUCCCUUCCCUGCUGCCAUACCUAUUCUCACUCCCAUCCUUCAUGGUCCAGUUUUGUGGCUCAGACAUUGAAAUGACAUCCUCAGUGUCAUUUCAUUAGCCAUAACCCAGCCUUUUUCUUUUUU